GCAGGUAAUACUCUCUUCAGGUAACUGGGUGACUCACUGGCUCUCACACCUUCAGCACUGCAAAUGGUGCGUUCACAGCUCAACUCUUCAACCUAAGCUGACAGCAAACAAUGGAACACAGCCGGAGAGGGAUCACUACUUCAUGAAACUUUAGUCUGAAAAGCUGAAUUGCUUCUCCUGCAUUUUCAAGAAGAUUUUCUGGACUCAAAGACUUUCACUUUAGAUAAAGGAGCGCUGAAGGAACUAUUGGUGCCAUAAAUUUAAGUUUCUCUCUUCUGAGGACACUUUUGUUCAUCUGUCCAAGAUGCCAGUUGUCAAGGUUGAAAAGGACUCUCAAUCAGAUGCUGUUUUGCCGACCUCUGACCCUCCACCGCAGACAGAGGAGCAACCGAGAGGCCGAAGGAGGAAGAGACCCCUCCAACGAGGAAAACCCCCCUACAGCUACAUCGCUCUCAUUUCCAUGGCUAUAGCCAAUUCCCCCGAUCGCAAGCUGACACUAGGAGGCAUCUAUAAAUUCAUCACAGAGCGAUUCCCCUUCUACAGAGACAAUUCGAAGAAGUGGCAAAACUCCAUCCGCCACAACCUGACGCUCAACGAUUGCUUCAUCAAGAUCCCCCGUGAGCCAGGACGGCCUGGAAAGGGCAACUACUGGGCCCUGGACCCAAAUGCAGAGGACAUGUUUGAGAGCGGCAGCUUUCUGCGGCGCAGGAAGAGGUUUAAGCGCUGCGACCUCAGCACCUAUGCCUCAUACGUCCACGACACGCCGGUUUUCUCUCCCGUCCAGAUCCCCAGGUCAGCUGCAUACUCCAACCCGGUCUACCCAAACAUGACUGUCAGCCCCACCUACGGGCAGCAGCUGCCCUCUGCCUAUUACCCCUCUCCAUCCCCGCCUGGGUUUGCUCACAGUCAGACCCGCAUGUUCAGCAUCAACAACAUCAUAGGACACCCUUCUGCAGCCAGCAUGCUGGCCAACCAAGGGGUAGACGGCAUGCAGCAGCCCAGUCGGACCUUCAGUCCAGAGGGACUCAUGAACGGGUCAACGCCCUGUGGCUUAGGAGCUCCCAGCUAUCAAGGUCAGUCAUGUGGGGGGACGGUGGCUCCCCGCUCCACGGCACACCCAGGAUUCAACUACUCUGCACCGAGCAGCCAUUCGCAUCACCACCAGAGCUCCUACGGACAGGGCUCGACACAGAGCUACCCACCAGCUGGCCGGAUCCACGCCUCAGCUCACGGCCCCGCAGAGACGAUGGACCACUAUGGCAGGGUCUCCCCAGUGCAGCUAGGCUCCUUCUCUCACUACAACAGUCCAGGGCCGAUCACCAAUACUGGGGGAUACCUAAGACACCCCACUUACACAGGGAACAUUGACCGGUUUGUUUCUGCAAUUUAAGCUACUAAGAAUGCCAGUGUGAGCUUUAGACCAUGGUGGACUUCAGAGGAUGUGAAUUGAGCCAGGCGUACCUGCAUCCAAACACCACGGAUUUCAUAAAAGCCACAAUGAUGAUGAUAAACCAACUGUGACUUCCCUGCAUGAACGCUAGAGCUCACCGUCAGGACUGAUGGCAAAUUACAGCUGAAAACAUUGAAAAUGUCUGGUUUGAAAUGUCAAAGCGCGGGGAUGCCAUUUACAUGUAAAGUAGAUGUGUGGUUGCAGGUUUUACUGUUUUUGUUGUGACUUGAAUGUGCAAGUUAAAUAUUGACGGUACUUCAGAGCUGAUAUGGCACACUGUGUGAUGUUUAUAUAAAUUAUUGUGGUCCAAACUUAACCGUAAGCAGCUUGUGUGGAGAUCACUGGUUUUAUGUUUGCCAUGAAAAAGAACAGCAUUAAAAAGGCCACUCUGUAAAUAAAAUGUUCAGGAAUAAAAAAAAAUUACAGACA